UGUUAUUUCUUGGAUUUAGAUCUUCAGCUGGGUGCAAAACAAGUUCAACGGGAGGCAGGAGAAGAGAUUUGAUGCAGGAACGUGCUCAGUCCAUUAUAAUUCUAUGCCUGGUGAUCUAAAAGAACAUAAUGGCAUACCGCAUGCAUUGCUUGCAAUUGGCACACUUGGGGAUAAUGAGUUGAAGGAAGAAUCUCAGCAAGAUGACCAGCCUCAGAACCUGGAUUCCUCAGACAAAUUAUCUGAUUUCACCGUUGAAGACGCUAACAAAUUACAAAAGGAACUAAAAAAGCUAUUCUCACACAAGUCCAAGUCCAAGACUAAUGUUGGAUUGGGGAUGGGCGAAGAAGAUAGAGCCAAUUUGCCAUUGAACAGAUUCCUAAAUUGUCCGUCAAGCUUGGAGGUGGCCAGGACUGUUAGUGCAAAAUUUGAGUCAUUGGAGAAUGAAAACAGUGGUGAUCUGUCACCAAUCACCAAGCUCAUACUAUACAAACUGAAAGAUGUGUUGUUGGGUAACCACACCACCAUUAAGAAAAAAUCUAUUCCCUUUCUUCUGAAGAAGAUGUUUAUGUGUGGCAGUGGCUUUGCACCAGCUCCAAGCUUAAGAGAUCCCGUAAUUGAGUCGAGGAUGGACAAGAUCUUAAGAGGAAUUCUCUCAAAGGCAAUUUGCCAGCACUGUUCUGCUCCAAUUUCAUCAAAGAAAUAUCUAAAGAAUAAACAAAAAGAGCAAGUACACAAAGAGGAAGAGGAGUGUAGGAAGAAAGCUAAAUCAAAAUGGGUCAAAACAGAUUCAGAGUUUAUUGUUCUCGAAAUCUAGCAACCAAUUCUUGAAGAUGAACUUGGUUUGUGCAGGUAUGCAAUGGAAAGGCAGCUAUGUGCAUUGGAAAGAUUGGAACCUGAUGAGGAGAAGAAAAAACUCAAAUGUUGCACUGAAUAAGCAACGAAUGAUUCGUUAUUGGGACUGCAGCUUCUCAAUGACAUAUAUGAGUGUGAUUCUGAACAAAAUGCACAAUUCGUAUAAUUAAUUGGUGAUUUCUGCAAUGCAUUUCUUUGAAUCUUCUGUGCAUCGUUUGAAGAGUCAUCAGUUGUGCAUACCUAAAGGGAGUUGAGAAUUAGUAAAGAAGCUUGUAAGAU